GCAGCUCAAUUCAAAGCCAAAUAAAAUAAUAAACGAGAAGCCCGAAAAAAAAAAAACAUCAUCAUCUCUUUUCAACAAGGAUUAUACUUUUCAUCUUAACAUGACUGCAGGAACUGUUUCAGCUCAAAACUCUGAGGAUAUUGCCUUUGCUCGUGCCCUUCACGGAAACAAGAUCAAGAGUGGUCUCCUUGCCAACUUGAGUUCCAAGAAUGCCGAUGUUCAUAACGUUGCUACUGACACCUACCUCAAGAUGUGGAAGAAGCCCGAGAACGAGACCAAGGAAGAUGAGGAUAAGAGAUUAGAUGGUUACACCUCUCUUGUCAACUCUUACUACAACUUGGCUACCGAUUUCUAUGAAUAUGGUUGGGGUACCAGUUUCCAUUUCUGUCGUUACUAUGUUGGUGAAGAGUUCAACCGCGCUAUUGCUCGCCAUGAGCAUUAUUUAGCUGCCAACAUUGGUAUCAAGAAGGAUAUGCGUGUUCUUGACGUUGGUUGUGGUGUCGGUGGUCCUGCUCGUGAAAUUGCUCAUUUCACCGGUGCCCAUGUUACUGGUUUAAACAACAAUGCCUACCAAGUUCAAAGAGCUACUCAUUAUGCCGCCAAGGAAUUAUUGCAAGACCAAACCGAAUUCGUCAAGGGUAACUUUAUGGAGAUGCCUUUCGAAGCCAACACCUUUGAUGCUGUCUAUGCUAUUGAGGCUACUUGUCACGCACCUGUCUUUGAAGGUGUUUAUGGUGAGAUCUACCGUGUGUUAAAGCCCGGAGGAAGCUUCGGUUGUUAUGAAUGGUGUAUGACUGAUGAUUUCGAUGAGAACAACGCUGAACACAGAGAGAUUGCUCAUGGUAUCGAGAUCGGUAACGGUAUUCCCAAGAUGCGCAAGACCCAAGAGUGUGUGCAAGCCCUUAAGAACGUUGGUUUUGAUGUGUUGAUGAACCAAGAUAUGGCUAAUGUCGGUGAUAGCAUCAACUGGUAUUAUCCUCUUGAAGGUGAUCUUAGAAAGUGUCAAACUGUCAAGGAUAUGCUUACUACACUUGCCAUGACCAAGGCUGGUCGUUUCACCACCACCAACUUUGUGCGUGUGUUGGAAAAGCUUGGUUUGGCUCCCAAGGGUACUGUCGAGACCCAAAAGUUUUUGGAAACCGCUGCUGAUGCUUUAGUUGCUGGUGCCCAAAAGAACUUGUUCACUCCCAUGUUUUUCUUUGUCGCCAAGAAGCCCGAGGCCUCUUCUUAAGUUUUUAUAGAUUCCUUUUACCCAUAAAAAACCAAAAUAAUUAAUAUUUACAUCUUUCUCUCAUGCUCCUUUUUUUAUUUGUUUUUCAUUAAAUAAAUAGUAUAUCAAUCAGGUUUAAUUAUCAUCGGGUAAAAAA